UUAACCCACAGCUCUACUCUCCCAUUUAUCUUCUCCUAUCUUUUAUCAUAGUAUCAAGAAUGAAGAUCAUGCCUGUUUCGGCAGCUUCGCAGUCCAACACUGUUGAAGUCCUCAGCUGCUUCUACACCUGAAAAUCCCGAGGUUGUUUCCUCGGGAAAAACACUCCGACGCUCAAGUCAGCAAUACUCAAUAUUCUAGAGAGAGAUGCUCUCAAGGAGUAAUUGCAGAGAGAGAAGCGUAGAGAUUUAUUACCUUCAUUGAGGCGACUCCAAUCUUGAAGAACAACACACCGAAUCGACUUCACAUUAGUUUCAGGUAAAAAUGGUUUCACUACGAGAACUCACAGAGCAACGAGGUAACCAGGGCAGAGAAGGAGAGGAGGAAGGGGUUUUAGCCGUGGAGCCUAUCACUAUGAUAGUGCCACCAGAGUUGCAGGAUGUACCGGAAACAGUGGCGUUUGAGAGCAGCGCCAGUUCCCGCGCCAGAGACGACGGUGACGACCACCCUAGUGCAUCGUCAAGCAGCUCGUCUACGGAAGAAACACCAAGCCGCGAGGAAGGGGUAGGGGAUGUUGUGAGUCCUGUCUUAGAUCGGCCUGUAAUGGAUGAAUGGGAGAGCAGAGCCAUCCCGAGCAGGUUGAGCAAUUUGCGAAAGGCGCCGAAGGACCUGCCCGCCGGAUUCAAGUUCAAGGCUGCACUUCACCACGAAGUAGCAGAUUGUGCGCCCUCCAUAAGUGGGUAUAAAAGGCUGGAGGAGAUGGUGAGGGUGUAUCACAUCCCCAAGACCAUACUGCUGCGGACGGGCGGGCAGAACGAAAGGGCAUGCACAGUGUCACCGACGGGCUGGAUACCAGUGUAUGCGGACCACUUCGACGCCGGCCUGCGGUUUCCUCUGCCCGGCUUGAUAUUCGAUCUGCUCGCGGAAUACGAGCUGGCGUUGACGCAGCUAACGCCCAAUAGCAUAAGGUUCAUUAUUGGCUUUAUGCUGUUGUGUGCGCGACUAGAGGUACCAGCCAAAGCGAUAGUGUUCAGAUCGCUAUUCCAGUGCCGGUUGUGUCCAAACUCACAAGGAGCGAGGUGGUAUUACCUCUCUGGGAGGGAUAAGAGCCAGCUCUUAAAAAAUGUGAGGAACAAGGUGGCGAGGUGGAAGAAACAGUUUAUUUUUGUUCGCGACACGCGAGCAGAAGGGAUAAGCAACGACCUCACUGCCCGGCUGUCUGAGUGGCGCACACCAAACGCCCACAUCAACUACCCCCAGCUGCUGCCCCGGGAUGUCAAUCUGAAGAACCAGCUGCUUCACCGAGCUGAGGCUUAUGCAUUUUUUUGUGCAGGAGAAAUGAGCAGCAUCCUAGAGCGCCAACGACAACGUGCCCAAACCUCACGAGGUCGCGGGGCUAGCAGCGGGCAACCCAGGCAGACGCGAUUUGACGAGCGGCCACCCCCAGCGCCUCAGUCACGUGGUUCGUCACACAGGGGAUCCAGCUCGUCGUCAAGGCCGCGAGCGGAUCACAGAGCUGAGGUUGCAGCUCCGGGCGCACGCAGACGUGCACGCGAGGGGGCGGAGAGCGAAGAGGAUGAGGUUCCCCUUGCUAGGCGCAUAAGAAGCGGGGAGACUCAUCCCACACAGGCGGCUCGCCCUGUAACUGUGCGUUCUCCAAACGCACCGUCAGCGACUGUGCGGGCAGCAACGGAGCCCGCCCCUGCAUCGGCCUCUACAUCUGGCCCCAGGAUUGCUUAUCCUGAGGGUUUCAGCUACACACGGGCGGAGUGCCAGCCCGCCAUGGUGCAGGCCAUGCACAGUUUUGUGCCCCCAACAGAUAAUCGGCGGGCAAAAGCGUUCGUGCAGCAGCAUGGCGGCCAGGUUGCCAUGAUCAAGCUGAUGGAUACAUUCAACUACGCUGUGGUGCUCUACGAGAGCGAUCAGGCGGCUCGUACACAAAAUAGCGAGCUCGGUUCCAAGUGCAAGCAACUGGCUGCUGAGAAGGCCAGCCUUGUGGACGAUGUGAAUCGUCUGCAGGGCUCUGAAAUGGUGAACCGAGCCGCAGCUACUGAGAGCCGGGCGGACGAGCUCGCAAAUAAGAUUAAUGAGCUCAAGGAGGAGCUAGAGCGAGCCCGUGCCGAGAGAGAGAGCGGGAUUCAAGCGGCGAGGGAUGAGGCCGCUCGGGUUGAAGAAAGGGCCAGGAAGGCUGAGGCUGACAGGGAUCUUGUUCAGCACGAGCUGAGCUCCCUCAGACACCAGGUCGCCGAGGUCGACCGGAACCUUACUGUUGCUGGGGAGGCGCUGAGCGAGCUGAAGAAUUCCCAUGCUCGCUCUGUCAGCAUCGCCCGAGCUCAAGGUGCGGAAUGGUUCGUGGGUUCGGCUGCGUUCCAGGACACCGUGGCGGUGGCGUCUGCAAAUGUAACCACGGAAAUCUACAACGAGAUCCGUGGGAAGGUCUCGCUGCAACGCAUUCUUUUUUUAUCCGAUUCUUCCUUCGCCGACGAAUUUCUCCCAUCUUUAUCUCCGAAGUCGAUACUGAAAUUUCAGGUUUUCACCCGGUCAGUUCAUGUUCGUCUCAAGUGACUCUGAUUUUCAGUUCCUUUUUUUGCUUGAAUCUCUGUAAUCUGGAUGAAAUCUCGAAUCAGAUUUCCGUGCCUGUUUGUGUUCUGAGUUGCUUAUCUCUAAAGUUGUGAGUAGAUUUCUGUUUCUUUUUUUCAUGCUGUUUGGUUCUUGAGAAAGUUAGGGAAAACGAAAGGAAACCUGUUGUUUCAGUAAAGUCAAUUCUACUGAAUUGCUGGAGUAGGCUUAGUUGAGUUCGAGGCUUUUGUUUGUUUAUCUGUCUGUCUGUCAUCUUCUAUCUUCAUUUUCGCUUCUUUUUUUUUCUUUAAUUUCUGUACUUCAUACACACGUGUCCAUACUGAUUAUCGUGUUUGUUUUUGUUUUGACCUGAAUUAAGUGUUGUCAAGCGUGGAUUUGUUUUGGUUUUUUCCUCUCUUUUUUUAAUGCUGUUUGGUUCUUGAGAAAGUGGGGGAAAAAUGAAAGGGAACUUGGUAAAGUGGAUUCUACUAGACUUAGUUUGAGGCCUUUUUUGUUUGUUUGUUUACUUGGUAUCUUCUAUCCUCCUAUUCUUUGUUUCUUUUUUUCCUUUUAUUUUUUUGCUUUUGAUGGUCAAUGUUUAGUCUCCUUUUCAUUUUCCUUCUGUUUCUUAGCUUCCAAACCAAGUAUAUAGGGAAAUUUUUUUUUUUUUUUUCAAGGAAACCUACAUUUAUGCUUUGCUUUGUUUGAUGUUUGUAUGUAUUUGCAAUAAUUACCUGUCCGUGUG